AGCUCCCAGAAUGCUGUGUUUUUAGCACGAUCUCUCCACCCUGACAUUUGGCCUGCGACUGAAAAUAACCCGAUCAGCUGAUCUAGCCUGGCAACAACAUAGAAAGAGAUCUUCUGGGGAGUUAAAUACUUGUAAUAUAAACCUUCGUUUUUAUUUGCGUUAUAGUACUUUUUUUGUAACGUUAUUAUUGUUUUACAGUGCUGAAACGGUUCUUGCAAUUUCUUUAAAUAGGAAAACAGUGCUAUAUUCAAACCAAGCGGUAAAGGAUUCCUGAGUCACUAUCUUAUGUUGUUACAUGGGGCGCUUGUUUUUUUUUAUGAAUAUAAAAAUUCGAUUUUUCUAUGUUAUUUAAGUGAUCGAUUUUGUCUUUUUAAGUGUCCAUUUAUUUAAAAACGGCAUACCUCAUUUAAUUGUGCUUGUAUACAGCAAACGGCAACUGUUUAAGAUAUUGGAAAAAUGUUUUUAAUAUAUUGACGUUAUGACUUAAGUAUUUCAGGGAGAUAUAUUUGAUACUACAUUAUUUUUUAGUGUCGUUUUUUUACGGUUAAUAUUAAAGGUAGAAUUGUGGACUGCUUUACGUUUAUUAUUUCGAUUAAAACGUCGUACUCGAUUUUUUUCUAGGCUCAGUUGAUAUAGUUUUGGUUUGAGAAUUUUGAAACUGUUUUUGAAGGCAAUCUGAAAUCAAGGCAUUGCGAGAAUAAGCAUGCCUUUUUUAGACCUUAUAACACGAAUUUAAACGAAAUGCGAGAAUAUAGGGAUACUUUAAUAAUGUAAGCAUUCCGUUCUGAAUUCAGGUUUAUUGUAGACAAACAGCACAUUUCAAAAAUCAUUCGUCCACUCAUUUCUUCAUUUGCAUCUGCUUUGUUUUGGUUUUAUAACGAUAUUUAAGAUUUCACGUGUAUAUUGAACCAAGCUAUGUAAAGUUUCUUAUUUACAAAGUCAUCACGUUAUUUAAACAUUAUUUAAGAGAUUUGUCUUCACUUCAGUCAGCGAGAUUAAGAUUGUUUGCAAUAAGCUUAAAUUGUAAAAAAGCUUUAACGUCACAUGAAACAAAGGCAAGAUCAAGGUGUAAGGGCUAAAGUCUUUUCCAGUAUAAUUGUGCGGAUAAAGCACUAAGUAUUAAGAAAACCUAGUUUGUGGCCCUGUAGAGCUUCUUAUUUGCAUGAACUUGUGUGAGCAUCCAUUAAGCGAACGACAAUGAGUGGCCAAGGUCCGUCCUCGGAAAAGGGAGUGAACACCAGCCUGGUGUGUCAGGAGAGCUACGCGUGCGGGGGCUCGGAGGAGGCGGUGUACGAGUGCGACGAGUGCGGCAGCUUGCAGUGCGUGCGCUGCGAGCUCGAGCUCCACCGCCAGGAGCGCCUGAGGAACCACGAGCGGACUCGCGUCAGACCCGGCCACGUGCCCUUCUGCAACAGCUGCAAGGGAGGCGGCGCCGGCGCGGGGAACGGCGGCCGGCAGAGGGCAGUGGUCCGCUGUCAAGGCUGCAAGACCAACCUGUGCCUGGACUGCCAGAAGCGGACCCACAGCGGGGUGAACAAAAGGAAACACCCGCUCUCCCUCUAUCCUCCGUGCAAGAGCCCGGAGGCUGGUCCCGAUGCUGGGGAAGACGACCCGGAGACUCGGAAGGCGAAGCUUCUCGAGAAAGUCUGCAGCUUCCUCCUUGUGGACGACAAUGAGGAGAUACAGGUGAAGGAUGAGGAAGAAUUUGUCAAGAAGCUAGACUGCAGGCCGGAUGACCUCCUGAAAGUGGUUUCCAUCUUUGGAAACACGGGGGAGGGCAAGUCUCACACGCUGAACCACACCUUCUUCCUGGGCAGGGAGGUGUUCAAGACCUCACCCACCCAGGAUUCCUGCACGGUUGGGGUGUGGGCCGCGCUGGACCCCAUCCACGGCGUGGUGGUGAUCGACACAGAGGGGCUGCUGGGAGCCAGUUCCAAAAUGGGCCAGCGGACCCGACUGCUACUGAAGGUCCUUGCUGUGUCCGACCUGGUCAUCUACCGCACGCACGCCGACCGUCUCCACGAUGACUUGUUCAAGUUUCUCGGCGAUGCCUCGGAUGCGUAUCUGAAGCACUUCACCAAGGAGCUGAAGGCUACCACUGCCCGGUGUGGCCUGGACGUGCCACUCUCCACCCUUGGGCCUGCAGUCAUCAUCUUCCACGAGACUGUGCACACUAAGCUGCUUGGGUCAGAUAAGCCCUCCGAGUCUGUGGAGAGGCUGCUGCAGGAGCGCUUCAGGAAGCUCGGCCACUUUCCUGAGGCCUUCAGCUCCAUUCAAUACCGGGGCACUCGCACUUAUAGUGGUAUAUGUUUUGUCAGUAAUAUAUUUUAUGACUUACACAAGGUCAUAUGUAGAUGUACGGUACUAGUGGAUCAGUAAUAUUUUUAAUGUCCUUAGGCUCUCAGUGAACGUUUCAAUGGGGAGAUUCCUGAUGAUUACCUGGCUCAUAGCUCCUUCUUCCCUGAUGAAUACUUUACCUGCUCCAGCCUCUGCCUCAGUUGUGGAUCUGGCUGCAAGAAUAGCAUGAAUCACAUGAAGGAGGGGGUGCCUCACGAAGCCAAGCAUCGCUGUCGUUACUCUGCGCAAUAUGACAACAGAGUCUUCACCUGCAAGGCAUGCUAUGAAGCUGGGAAGGAGGUGAUUGUCGUUCCCAAGACGUCUGCGUCGUCAGAUUCUCCCUGGUUUGGUCUGGCCAGAUACGCCUGGUCUGGGUACGUGAUCGAGUGUCCUAACUGUGCUGUCAUCUACCGCAGCCGACAGUACUGGUUUGGCAACAUGGAUCCUGUGGACACUGUUGUUCGUACAGAAAUUCAGCACAUUUGGCCUGGGUCCGAUGGCUUCCUGAAGGAUAACAACAAUGCCGCUCAGAGGCUGUUGGAUGGAGUGAACUUCAUGGCACAGUCCGUCUCCGAGCUGAGUGUCAAGCCUGCCAAAGCAGUCACCUCCUGGCUAACAGAUCAGAUCGCCCCAGCCUACUGGAAACCUAACUCGCUGAUCCUGAAAUGCCACAAGUGUAGCUUGGUGUUCCAAGAUAAUGACACCAAGCACCACUGCCGGGCCUGCGGAGAAGGAUUCUGUGACUGCUGUUCUGCCAAAUCCAGACCUGUGCCAGAGAGAGGCUGGGGACUGGCACCUGUCCGUGUCUGUGACUCCUGCUUCGAACAGAGAGGCAUCCGGCCAGAUCUGUCAGAGGCCGAGUUGGAGGAUGAUGAAGGUGGAACUCUCAUAGCCAGGAAAGUAGGGGAAGCAGUACAGAAUACUCUGGGAGCCGUGGUCACUGCAAUAGACAUCCCAUUAGGCCUAGUGAAGGAUGCCGCAAGGCCUGCGUACUGGGUCCCAGACCAGGACAUCCUGUGCUGCCAUCACUGCCAGCGGGAGUUCACAGCCAAGCUGUCCAAGCACCACUGCCGGGCCUGCGGGCAGGGGGUGUGCGAUGACUGCUCCCCGGAACGCAGGGCCGUGCCCUCGCGAGGCUGGGACCACCCUGUGCGAGUCUGCAUUAACUGCAACCAGAAAUCAGGGGACCUCUAGCAGGGUGCCACGCUUGUCCCCCGAACCCCAGCUAUGGAACUGUGCAUUGAACUUGACCCUUCUUCUUCCUCUUGUAGUUGAGAGUGGUUCAGCCAGUGUGGUAGAUGCACACCAUAAAGAUAGAAUUUUGAUGAUUCAUUGUCUUUAGGCAUUCAUAUAUGUAGGAAAAGAUCACCCUUCAAAACACUACGAUAAGGAAGUGAACAUUUAUAGACCUUCUUGUCCUCCCUGACUUUUUCUCUUUUUCCUUUGCAAGCUUCCAUGCCUCUUCUGCCUUUAAGUUUUAAUAUCUUCUGUAUCUCUUCUCCAAUGAAUUAUGAAACAUUACUGGUCCUUAAGAUAUGAACGUGUUGCAAAUGUAUGCUUAUACCAUAAAGUAUAAAUAUAUUUUUUACCCAUUCAUACAAAGAAUGAUUAAAUCAUGAGAACAGUCAACAUUGCAUUGGCAGAAAAAAUACAGCAUUCUUUGAAGUUCUAAUGCAGGCAUCAACAAAUUGUGUAGAUUACCCUCUUGCGAUGUAUUCUAGAGUCUUAGUGUAAAUUUCUGCAAGACCAAUGCCAAAUCAGUGAAGCACUAGUUUAACACAACUAGUUUGUGUGACCAUGUACUUAACCAGUUACCCUAAUGAACUUCUGCCAGAGUCUUACUCUUACAACACAGAAUGUCUUUGUUUAAAUGCAUUUCACCUGUUAAACAAGUCAAAGCAUGUCACUAUUUUGCUAAAAACUAAAUAAUGACUGAAAUUUGCAAAGGAAUAGAGGAUAGCUUUGAUGAAUAUGGAAGGAAAUUCAUCUUCAUGUGUGAUAGUUUUCCUCAUGACACAGUACUUUUAACAUUUAGCACUGUCUUGAAUGAAAUGAAAGGAUGUAAACUGUUUUCUGCUUAAACUGAAUUUUUGUCCAUAUGGAUGGAACUUAAUCUGUAUUGGACCCCUAUGGAUUUAGCUGCCUGAAAAACAUUUUUUUGUAUUAGAAAAUGAAACCCUUUAAGCUAUUUUUUUUUCAUGCAUUAUUUCCUAGUUAUUUAUAGCUUUGGAUGUAUAGAAGGAACUAUCUAAGUCAGACCUCCACUGAAUGUUGUCUUUUUGAUUCAUUCCAUUGCUGUAAUCACCUUGAACAAAUUUACAUAGCUGGGCAAUGAUUAUUUACAGAAUUAAAAGCAGUUGCAGCAAAAUUCUGUGAUUGAAUGGAUUAUGAGGGCAGCAACAGGAGAACAGUAACUUACUGUUUUGAUCAUGUUCUAAAAUGAAGGUUUUAAAACAUUGUGGCUCCCGUAUUAUGACUGUGUACCGCUAGUACAAUCAUUUACUGUAGACAUUAUUGAUGCUCAAAAUGGAACACAGUGGAAAUACAACAUUGAACUGAUCUCAGCAGCACAAAUCAUCAGCCUAAAUCAUAAUACAUUGGUGAAUAUGACUACCAAUUUGUAUGUAACACUCUGAGCUGGUAGUAUUUCACAGACCUUCAUACAGUUGUAUGAGCUAAAUGAAAAUGAUGGCAGUCAUGGUCUACAAAGUUUAUCAAGCAGUAACUAUGCGUAAAAUAACUUGAUAGGUACCAGCUGCAUAUAGACUAAAAUCAAAACAUACAUCUUGAAAUUAUUUUCCAUUUUUAAACUGAGAGAUCAGCAUUUUGAAACUUGAUUUUGUUUUGUGGAGACAGAUAUACUGUUAAGUUAUGAAAUUUGGAACCCAAACAGUUUUAUAAGAACAGGAACUGGAUGAUAGAUGAACAAAGUGAAGGAAAGGUACACAAAGCAUUGAACACUGUCAUGUCUUCUGUAUUAUGUAUGCAGUUAUAAUAAUAAAUUCAAGAUAAUUUCAAA